CUCUCCAUUACAUCCAUCGAACAACUCUGAGUUUUGCGCGCUAUGAAAUCUCAGAUCAUUUUCGCUCUUCUCCUAGACUUCACCUCGGCCCAGCUUGGGGAUAUUCUCUCUUAUAAGUACCAGCGUUAUUCCGAAUGUGGAAGCCUUCUGUCAACCUGCCAACCAACCAUUUCAACAUGCGCGAAAAUCGUAUGCGCAGAAUGCACUGACCUCGGCCAAACCGUCAUCAACAAUUGCUGCUCUCAAGCAAAUCCUCAACAAUGCUUCAUCAGCCGAGCUGGUAGUGGUGGCAAUGGCAAUCCAUACAUCACAACCGCGGCACCAGACCCUAACCUCGCCGCGUGCUCCACGGCACUCGAAUACAUCACGGAAUGCGAGGCCGGAACACCCGGGUUCUCGAACUUAGCCAACAGCGAUGAGGCAAGCUGCCUUUGCUAUGAUAGCACCACAAGUUGGGACCCAGUGGCUUUUGAUAAUCCAUGGAGUUCUUGCAUUGCGUGGGCGAAGACGGCCGACUCUACUGCUUAUGUUGGAUUGCUCUCCAAUGCUGGUAUGUGUGCAUCCGUGGGAAACAUUUUGAAUGCCCCUGCCAGUGUGGCAGUAACAUCAACAACCACUAUGGGAAGCGGGGCGAAGGCGACUGUAACUUCUACGGUGGCAACACCUGCAAGCGGAAGUCAAUCUGUCGUGAUGGCGACUUCCAGCACUACAAAGUCGACCAGCAGCAAUGCUUGUUCACGUUUCACGAGAAAUAUAAGAGGUGUUCUUGGGGUGCAGGUUGUGUUUGGCUUGGGCUUGGGCCUGGUCUUGUAA